GUUCUUGCUGCGGCCAAAGGGAAACAGACCGACAUCCAGCCACGGGAGAAUCGCACUUUGUGGCCUGUGGAAGCCCGUCCCAGAGCGAUGGCCUCACCAGUCCCCAUCUAUAACUCCAACCCCCUGGACACACACAGCUCCAGCACAUCCAGAGAGUCUCUAAAGAUGGAUCUGUUAGCUGAUGUGAGUCUGCUGCCAGGAGAGGAGAGAGUUAUAGAUAAGGACAUCAUCUACAUCUGUCCGUUCAGCGGUGCUCUGAAAGGCAAAGUGUUCAUCACCAACUACAGACUCUACUUCAAGAGCUCAGAUGCUGAUUCGGCAGUGAUGCUGAAUGUUCCUCUGGGUGUCAUCUGUCGGGUGGAGAAGAUGGGCGGAGCAUCUAGCAGAGGAGAAAACUCAUACGGCCUGGACAUCACCUGCAAGGACAUGAGAAACUUGAGGUUUGCCUUGAAGCAGGAGGGUCACAGCAGACGAGAUAUCUUUGAGAUCCUGUUCAGAUAUGCCUUCCCUGUCUCACAUGGCCUGUCUCUGUUUGCCUAUCUGAGUCAAGAGAAGUAUGAAGAGAAUGGUUGGAACAUCUAUAAACCCAUGGAGGAAUUCAGACGACAGGGCUUGCCGAAUGACAAGUGGCGCAUCUCAUUCAUCAAUAAGAGCUAUGAACUGUGUGACACCUACCCCACUGUUUUGGCGGUGCCCUACAAAGCUACAGAGGAGGACCUCAGGAAAGUUGCCACCUUCAGGUCAAGAGGACGCAUACCAGUGCUAUCAUGGAUCCACAGGGAGAACCAGGCAGUGAUCGCCCGCUGCAGCCAACCGCUUGUUGGCAUGUCCGGAAAACGGAACAAGGACGACGAGCGUUACCUAGACCUGGUUAGGGAGGCAAACGGCACCUCCAAGCUCAUCAUCUACGAUGCCCGGCCCAACGUCAACGCUGUGGCCAACAAGGCUACGGGAGGAGGCUAUGAGGGUGAUGAGUACCAGAACGCAGAACUGAUUUUCCUGGACAUUCACAACAUCCACGUCAUGAGGGAAUCACUGAAGAAGCUGAAAGACAUUGUCUACCCCAAUGUGGAAGAAUCCCAUUGGCUGUCCAGCCUUGAGUCUACACACUGGCUAGAACAUAUCAAGCUGGUGUUGUCAGGAGCAAUCCAGGUAGCAGACAAGGUUUCCAGUGGGAACUCCGUGGUGGUUCACUGCAGUGACGGGUGGGACCGGACUGCCCAGCUCACCUCUUUGGCCAUGCUGAUGCUGGACAGUCACUACCGCACUCUCAGAGGAUUCCAGGUGCUGCUUGAGAAGGAGUGGAUCAGCUUCGGGCACAAGUUCGCCUCAAGGAUAGGUCACGGCGAUAAGAACCACGCAGAUCAGGACAGAUCUCCCAUCUUUGUUCAGUUCAUCGACUGCGUAUGGCAGAUGACUAAACAGUUUCCUACAGCCUUUGAGUUUAAUGAGCGCCUCCUGCUGACCAUCCUGGAUCAUCUCUACAGCUGCCGUUUCGGGACUUUCCUCUACAACUGUGAGAGUGCACGAGACCAGCAUGAGGUGCGGUUGAAGACGGUGUCUCUGUGGUCUUUGGUCAACAGUAGCAAUGACAUCUAUCUCAAUCCCUUCUACACCCCGGAGUCAGGUCGGGUUCUCUACCCUGUCGCCAGUAUGCGUCACCUCGAGCUCUGGGUUUCUUACUACAUCCGGUGGAACCCACGUAUACGACAACAGCAACAGAGUCCAGUGGAGCAGCGCUACAAGGAGCUGCUCGCCCUCAGAGACGAGUACCUGAAGAAGCUGGAGGAGCUGGAGCUCUCUGACUCGCCUUCCUCUCACCUGGCUCACAGUUCCACCAGCAACACCUCCCUGCCCGCUCCCUCCACACCCUCGCAACAAUACACACACCUACAGACUCCUUUCUAAGUGUAGGCGACACACACUCACCCACACACACACACACAAAAAGGAAACAGAUUUUACAUACACACUUGUUCACUUGCACUUGUGCCCUUUUCACUCCUCUAAUUUUUCUCUCUCACCCACCAACACAAAUACACACACGCACACACACACACACACACACACACACACACACAUUCACAGGAAUUUUUGUACAGUCAUAAAUGUUGAUAAUAAGGAAUAAUAAUGACAUUUGAUAAUGAGGUAACUCGUAACACGGUAAUGGCGAUGAUUAUGCAAUAUAUCACAGUACAGCCUUGUCAAAUGACUUUUCUAUACACACAUCCUCUUUAUACGGCGAAGCCUUAAACACAUUCAGUGGCUUUCUGUUUAAUACUGAUCAAGGUGUUGUAGAAGUCCCACUUUUCACACUUCUUCCUGCUCACUUGCUGCACUGCUGCAGGAGUGCUGCUCAGUCCCAUGAGGAACUGAUUAGAAAUCCUGCAGUACUAAUGCAGCGGCGCUGUAGGCUUGGUUUCUAUAAAGAAUGCCAGUGUACGACUACAGAAAACUUCCGAAAAAUCAGUAAAUGUAUUAGAGGUGGGAGCUUGUUAGGUGAGAUUGAUUGAGGUGGGCAAGGCUAGAGGAGUCUAUUUAGGGUGUUGUGUUCCUGGGACAGCAAAGCUUCAAUAUUUCCAGCACUUCCUAAGAUAAGCCAAUGCUGCCCAAAGGCAAGAAUAUAAUUCUAGGCAAUAAGCAUAGUAAUAUUUUUUAGUGAAGUGGUUUGAUAUCCCUCCAUGUUUCAGUUCCUGUAGAGAUACUGGAGGGGAUAUGGAGAAGUGCUGGUCACUGAUCCUGGAUCAGAGCUUCUACUUGUAAUGCAGACCCAGGAUGGAGCACCCAGCCCAUUUCCAAGAUAGCCUUAGCAAGUAGCUGAUAAUAAGCACAUGGUGUGAGGGAGCAGAAAUGGGGCCUCCUUACUUGGCUCCCAUCUCCCCCUAAAUACAUUUCAGUAGAUCAAGUAACUGUUUUAACAGGUGGUGCUGUCACGGAGCUGGUCUCUACAGAGCAGCGGAGCGUUCAACUCACAGGGAAAGCCAUGUCUGUAUUUGGCUUAAAAGGUCACAUCAUGUAGCCUGGUUCUAGACUUGUGGAUCACACGUUCACUUUCGGAAAAUUUUCAAGUGAUUCAGUGGGUCUGGUGUUGCCCAAACCUGAAAACCUAACCGGGGCAGUCAGUUCCAUUGCAAGCUGCAUUGCAAGCUGUGCCAGAUGCAGAAAGAUCAUCACAUACUGUAUAAGCUGACAUGAGAAACUGGAUGACAAAGUUGUAGACGCUGCUACCAACAUUGUUUCAAAUUAAUUACAACGAAGAACACUCAGAGGAAGAGCAGCGUCGUGCACUGAAAUGGGAAGAUUUUUUUUGAGUUAUGCCCAUGUGAUUUAAUUAUCAACUGGUAUAGCUCUGUAAAGCAGCUACCGUGUUGAUUGGUCAGUCGCCAGUGAUUGCUUAACAGGAUUCAUAUCCCUCCGCCUACAGAGAUCAGCUAACAUGGCACAGUUUCAGACUGAAUAAUGGAGUGGAAACAGAAUGGUCAUUCAGUCUGAAUAUCAGGCUACAUGCUGUGUGUUGGAAAUAGGAAAAACAAAAUAUUGUUUUGACAAUGAUGAAAUUUAAGUAUUUGCAGUAGCGAGCUAGCCAGAUUUUGCUGACAACUCCAAAGGCCUGCAUUAAACUUCUGUUUAAUUAGACAAAAAAUUGCACAAACCAAUUCUGAAAAACACUGCUCAGUGUCAGGAAGUGAUGGGAUACUAUACCAUAACUAUCCCAUAUUAUACAAUCCCAGUAACUGCUAAUGCUGGGUUUAGCUGUUUUACCACCAUUGCGCUAUUUCUUUAAUCAGUUCAGUAAUCCAGUAAUGAAUGGUGGUUCUCCACAUGAUACCAGUCUGGAUCACAUAAUCACAUAAAGCAGUAUUUGAAAACCUCUAGGCUUUGGCCAGAGGACUGGAGUACUUUCAGAACAGUAUUGGAGUUGGACGCUGUAUGUGUUGCCAGUGCAGCACAGUCCUUUAGAAAAAAAUUUAUUUCAAAAGAUUUAAACUCCUUUCAGAACAUUUAAUGUUGUGGCGGGUGCAAAAGAGGCAGUCCUAAAGCAAACAAAACAAAACUGACAAUUUUAAAAAAUGACUGAAAGUCUCAGUUAUGUUUGUUCUUGUUGACCAUCACUGAAAAACAAAAGCAUCUGUUUCAAGAAAAGCUACAGACAUGGCCAUAAUAGAGUGAGAGCACUCCCGCUGCAACGCUGCUACUCUUGUGCUUCACAACCAAUGGCAAUCGUUAAGAAAAGUGUGCAGGAUAUGAUGGCAGGAUACAUCUUGAAUACCCUGAUUUCUGCAUUGGCUGCCACUGUAGAUCCAGUCCUCCUGACACCGCAGUAUCACCUUAUUGUCGAAACCUUGUUCUCAGUUGGGUAAUAUAUUAUAAUAUGCCAGAAGUCCAUUCAUUUCUGAUAGAAGACAGUUUUGACGUGGCAAGAACACGUCCUUUUGUGGACAAUGGUUCUGUUGGCAGCAGAGUGGCAGAUACACUCCUGAACUUUUGCAUCUGACUUGACCUUGUUAACAUAACCAGAAGUUGUUUUUUUUUUUUUUUUUUUUUAGACUGGACUUGUGAGCUACUUUUGAUUUUCCUUAAUACAAUGAAAUAGCUUUCAGUCACUCUAGAUUCACCAUUUUAAAUUUUGAAAAAAUUUUGAUGACCAUAACAUUGCGUCACCUAUGUAUGAUAGUCUAUUACCUUGCUUUAACGAAUAAUAUAACCUAAUAGUAUUGUGUGAACGAAAUAAAUGGCUGUCCCAGUCAAAGAGGCAUUUGAGUCUAAAGGGCAAGGAAAAAACCCAAACAGCCAUCAGUAAAUUUUCAUCCACAUUGCCUGAACAAGUUCUCCAGUAUUCUGACUAGAUAGGGCAGCGCUGUGCUGUAAGUUGUAUGUAUUAAAGAGGAACUAAAACCCUAAACCCGAAUCUCUGAAGCCUGAUCUUUAAUGGUGGAAAGUAGGGAGGUCUUUCAUGCAACAGGUGGUGAGAUCACCUACUUUUCUCCGUUAGAGGUCAGGCUUCACACAGAUUUGGGUUUGGCGUUAAGUUCCUUUUUAAAAUCACGAACGGCGUAAUAAGUACUUUCCUUGGUGUGACGGGUCAGGUCUAGUUUUGUGCCUUGGUCCUUCUGAGAAUCAUCUUCACCACUUCAGAGGGACAUUUUCUACCCCAAAAAACUGUCCUCUUUCUGUCUUGGUUCAUGUUUGAGAUUGACUGACUGAGAUUGGCUUUGCGGUUCAGGGCUGAACAGGAAGAAGGCCUCUUAUUUUGUGAUUUGGAAGGAUGUCAUACUGUCAUUUGGUGACAUCAGGGUGACUCAACUGGGUGGGUUGCUAGCUUCAUUAUUUGAGGUUGCUGCAUGCAUCCUUCCAAUAACUGUAGGUGUUGGGGUCAAUCUAGAACAACUUCAACUCAUGAUGUUGAGAGCUGAGAUGGGGCGGGGAAAUAUUAGCACUUGUUGCCUAACUGCAAUGCUCUCACAUCUCAAACACAAACCUGGUCUAUGGAAGACACCUGGUUGGGUUAAGCCGGACAGAUUAGAGGGUGAAGCCUGAUUACUGUGUCAAUCACUAAGAGGUGCACUGACAUGGUUCAGUCUACCAAAUGGAUACUUUUGGCUGGGUUUUUACCACCUUGCUGGGUCAACAAAUCACCCCUUUUAGUCGUGGACUAUUGACGAUUAGCUGUCGAUGGGUCUCUAUGCUAAUUGCAGAAGAAUCAUAAAGAAGACAGUGGUAUUAACAGCAAUGUUUUUGUAUACACGGCUUUGGCCAAACUAAAUGUUAACAAUAUCACAAGUAGUUAAUUUGAAUGUUAAAUUAAAUUGGACAAAUCAUCUCUUUUGACAGCAAGAUGCAGAGAAAAAUGGCCCUUUGAGUUCCUGGGACUGCCCCAGACCACAACCCUUUUUGGAAAACAUUUGGCCUUAAUCAAAAUUUUUAAUUUAACAACAAAUAAUGACAGCAACACAAAAUACUUUGUGAGUCGGAGGGGUGAUUGUGUUUUUAGGGAAAAAAACAGAUGAAAAUCUAUUUUGUUUAUUUUUUAUUUUGUACAAGUACCAUAUUGAUGUAAUUACCUCAAUCAAAGCCUAUUUUACUGUCUAAAGGUCUAUUGUUGUAAGAUAUAAUUAUUUUAUUUAGUGUAAAAUUUGACAGUUUUAUAAAGAGUAAUGAGAAAAUGUUUUUGUUGGUUUGAAUUAUUGGUAUGAUUUGUGGAUUUCGUGCUACAUUGGUUAAAAUUUGGUUAUCUUUUGUUUUGUUUCAGAGGCCUUUUGUUUUUCUUUCUAACCCAAAAGAAGAUACAACCUUAUUCAUACCAUUUACUUCUCACAAAUCUCAGUCUGUGAUCCCAGUUCACUGAUGAAGCUUCAGCUUUCUGUGGCUCUGUGGUGAUGAUUCUGAGAACUGUUCUGCCAUUUUUUACAUUUUUUUUAUUAUUAUUAUUUUAAUUGAUUCUUUUACCUUAAUGUAGGUAAACUUAGUUGUAAGGGAUUUUUUUCUUUGUGUCAUAGCUUAACUUUUUCACAAAUGCAUGUGAAAUGUGUUUCAGUACAUUUUUUGGCAUGAUAAUGAAAUAUGCCAAAAAGUGAAAUCAAAAUACUUUUCAAAUGUAUUUCUUUCAAUCAUGUUAUAUCCUCCUCACAGUUUGUUGGAUGGCUCCUAUUAUGUAAAUAAUACUGAUUAAAUUAAUUUAAGGAUUUCUCA